AUGCUGUGCCUGUAUUCGAACGAUAUGGCGAAGGAAGGUAAGUGCUUCAAAUUCAAUCGCAAGUUGCAUCUUGUCACCAGGUUAUUACCAACAAAAGCCAUCAUAAUUCAUGGUGAACAGUUAAAAUUGUUAAGUAAUGCAACCCUGCAAGAAAUUGUUAGCCAUUAUCAACAGGUUGUAUUUUCCCGUACCUCACCGGCUCAAAAGCUCCAAAUCGUUGAAGCUUAUCAAGGUACAAACAACAUCGUCGCUGUUACCGGCGACGGGGUGAAUGAUGCUCCAGCGUUGAGAAAAGCUGACAUAGGGAUUGCUAUGGGUAUUGCUGGAACAGAUGUUUCAAAGCAAGCAGCUGAUAUGAUUUUGCUCAAUGAUAACUUUGCUUCCAUUGUGACAGGAGUCGAAGAGGGUCGACUGAUCUUUGAUAAUCUCAAGAAAAGCAUCGCAUACACCUUAACAUCUAACAUUCCCGAGAUAAUGCCAUUUAUGUCCUAUGUAAUUGUUGGAAUUCCGUUACCAUUGUCUCUAGUUGCUAUACUUAUGAUAGAUUUGGGAACUGACUUGAUAAUGCCAUUUAUGUCUUAUGUAAUUGUUGGAAUUCCAUUACCAUUGUCUCUAGUUGCUAUACUUAUGAUAGAUUUGGGAACUGACUUGAAACGCGAGCUAUGGGAUUGUGAUACGCUAAAUGAUUUAGAGGACAGUUACGGACAACAAUGGAGUUAUGCAGCUCGAAAAGGUCUUGAGGCUAGUUGUAGUGCCGGUUAUUUCUUUGCCGUUCUUGCUAUUCAAUGGUCAGAUGCGCUGAUAUCGAAAACAAGAAAGAACUCUAUUGUGACACAAGGCAUGGGAAACCAGAUGCUCAACGCCUCACUACUAUUCGCUACCGCUAUUGCCAUGUUCAUUACCGUAGUCCCAGGAGUAAAAAAUGUCUUGCAACUAGAUGGAAUACGAUUACGUGAUGCAAUGAUUCCCGUAUAUUAUGCUGUUGUUAUGUUUAUCUAUGAUGAACUUCGCCGUUGGUACUUAAGAAAAUAUCCUAAAGGUUUUAUAUACAGAGAAACAUACUUUUAAAG